UCUAAGCUUUCAUUCCUUUUAGUCAGAAUAUCUUUUUAUGUACACCUGAGUAUACAAUAAAAUCUACGUCCGCCAAAAAAAAUUGGCAAGUAUUAAUACAGCCCAUUUUCUAAAUUAGGUUCACCACAACCUGAUGAAGUUCAUUUUCCCUCCAUUCUCUGUCUCUCUUUCUUCCACAUUGCAACAAAACCAUAAUUAAAUCAAUCAAAAACCCUCAAAUUUCAAAAUCAAAACUAAAUCUUUUCCAGAAUCCUCAGUUCAUCCAAAAAUGGCGUCUCCAAAUCUUCGAAGAAUUUUCUCUCUCCUCCUCACACACCUAACAAUCACCCAAAUCUGCCCAGCAACUUCAAAUUCUGCAGAAAAAGUGAAACUAGAUUUGUACUACGAAAGCUUGUGUCUGUACAGUGCUGACUUCAUCAUCAACGACCUCGCAAUCAUCUUCCAAAACGGUAUAAUCGACAUCGUUGACCUUCGCCUUUUUCCUUGGGGCAAUGCUAAGCUCACUUCCAAUAAUUCCUUUACUUGCCAGCAUGGUCCUAAUGAAUGUUUGCUUAAUAUUGUUGAAGCUUGUGCCAUUCAUGCUUGGCCUAAUCUGGAUGACCACUUCCCGUUUAUUACUUGCGUUGAGAGUCUUGUUUAUGAGGGUAAGUACUACCAGUGGGAAACUUGUUUCAAGGAAUUGGGAUUGGAUCCAGAACCUAUUACUGAUUGUUACAAGAGUGAAGCUGGAAAGAAGCUUGGGCUAAAGUACGCAGCUCUAACUGAUGCCCUCAAACCUCUGCAUAAAUACGUGCCUUGGGUUGUUGUGGAUGGAAAACCACUCCUUGAGGAUUUUGAAGACUUUAUAACCUACAUAUGUAAAGCGUACAAAGGACCACAACCUAGUGCCUGUAAUGUGGUAUCCUUUGCAAGUGCUAUUACAAAGAAGGCUAGUCAUGUUCACCUUGUUUCCUACACAGAACAGACCAUAAAGGCGACACCCUUAAUGAAAAUGUGGUCCUUCAUACAAUCGUGGAUGGAUCUGAUGGUCUAAAUCAUGUUAUCAUGUAAAUUUUUUUUUUUUGCCUCAAGAAGCCAUAAAGGCUUUCAUGAAGUACCGUUUAUGCUGUAUAUAACGUUUGUUGCAGAAUUUGUUAAAUUCGUGAAUGUUGUCUAUGUAAACCAGCUGUACUUUUGCUAGUCUGUGAGUUUCGUUGUGUGGAAGAAGGUUGUUCAGAAUCUCAACAGAUAUUUUUUAAUUACUUCAGCUUAAAUUAGCAAUUGAAAUUGUAAUGUCUCAGAUUGGCACGAACAGUCAAUCCAAUUUAUUGUCUAUUGGUACUCGUA